AUGGUGAAGGCACUCUCUGAAUUGGCAGCACAAUUACAUGAUCUCCUUCGGCCCAUGCACGUUCCGACCCGUCUUCAUGAUGGGGCCGACCUGGCAGAGGUCGAGGUCAUCCAGCGAGCUGCGGAGGAUUGUCUCCGCCGCAUGCUCAGCCAGCCAGCCAGUCAGCUAGGGGCGCAGGCCCUGUAUGACCUCGUCCUGCCACAACAAGAUAUUGAUCGAAUGAGGGCGCGGAUGACUCCGAAGGGCCGCAAGCGGGAGAGGGAGACGCAGGGUUCGCCUCGUGAGCAGCAAGCGCAGCAAGGCUGCUCCGACGAACAUCAUUGA